CUGAACCCGAAAACCCAGUAAGGCCCACUAGUAAAUCUCAAUAGACUCGCCACUAGUUUUUUCUUUUCAACACUCACGCUAACUCUCUCGCUCUUGAAGCUCUUGAUUCGUAGUCUUGCUGCCGCAGUUCUCGAUUCCCAGCUGAAGAAACAUGCCGAAGGUGAGAACAAACCGUGUCAAGGUCCCAGAGGGUUUCGAAUUGAUCGAGCCCACUCUCCUCGAAUUACAAGCAAAAAUGAGAGAAGCCGAAAAUGAUACACAUGAUGGCAAGCGAAAAUGUGAGACUAUGUGGCCAAUAUUUAAGAUAGCUCAUCAGAAGAGUCGAUAUGUUUUCGAUCUUUAUCACCGCAGGAAGGAAAUUUCCAAAGAAUUGUAUGAGUUCUGCUUGGAGCAAGGCUAUGCUGACCGCAAUCUAAUAGCCAAGUGGAAAAAGCCUGGUUACGAGCGUCUUUGCUGUUUAAGAUGCAUGCAGCCACGGGAUCACAACUUUCAGACUACUUGUGUAUGCAGAGUUCCAAAACACCUGAGGGAGGAGAAGGUUAUAGAGUGUGUGCAUUGCGGUUGUAAUGGUUGUGCAAGUGGAGAUUGAUUAUAUCAUCUUCCAUGUGCCCACCAAUAGCUUUUUUUACUGCUGUAUCAAAACUUUGUACACACUUUGAAUAAUUUAGCACCCUGUAUUUGUGUUCAUGUUGAUAUAGAAUGGAUGAAUCUAGACCCUAAUGUUGAAGAUGUGUAUCCUCCCCGUCCGCAUAUUGUUAAAAAUAUGCAUCUUCCCUAAACAUGCGCAUGUUAGACUGCAACAAGUUAGUUCAACUUUUAUAGAUCAUACUAUUCAGCA